AUGACUGUGGAGGGGCUAGCAGUAGUGUUCAGAGACAUGGCUGCUUCAGCAAAAGAAGGCAAGCGAAGUGGUGGACCCCUGACACCUGGAGUGGCCACGGUGGGGAUAGCGGUGCUGUUUAGGACACAGAGGCUUCAGCAAAAGAAGUUGUUUGAAGAACUGAAGAUGUUGGAAGACGCGGAGAUACAGGAAGACACGGAGAUGCUGGAAGACGAGGAGAUGCUGGAAGACGAGGAGAUGCUGGAAGAUGAGGAGAUGCUAGAAGAUCUGGAGAUGCUGGAAGAUCUGGAGUUGUAGGAAGACAUGGCUUUGUUGGAAGACAUGGAUUUUCUGGAAGACGUGGCUUUGUAGGAAGACGUGGAUUUCCUGGAAGAGGAAGACAUGGAUUUUCUGGAAGCCACAGAUUUGAUGGAAGACCUGGAUUUUCUAGAAGACAUAAAUUUUCUGGAAGACAUGGAUAGUCUGGAAGACAUAAAUUUUCUGGAAGACACGGAUAGCCUGGAAGACCUGGAUUUUCUGGAAGACAUGGCUUUUUUGGAAGACAUGGAUUUUCAGGAAGACCCGAAUUGUCCGGAAGACCUGGAUUGUUGUUGGAAGAUGUGGAUUUGCUGGAAGACCUGGAAGUUGUUGGAAGACACGGCUUCUCUGGAAGACAUGGACUGUCUGGAAGACGUGGAUUUUCUGGACGACGUGGAUCUCCAGGGAGACCUGGAGGUUCUUGGAAGACAUGAAUUUUCUGGAAGACAUGGCUUUAUUGGAAGACUUGGAUUUGGUGGAAGACACAGAUUUUGUCUGGAAGAUGUGGACUGACCAGAAGACAGGAUUUAGUGAAAGACAUGGAUUUUCCUGGAAGACGUAGAUUGUCUGGAAGACCUGGAUGUUCUGGGGAGACGUGGAUUGACUGGAAGAUCUGGAUUUCUCUGGAAAACGUAGAUUGACUGGAAGAUUUGGAUUUGUGGGAAGACAUAGAUCUUUCUGGAAGACAUAAAAUGGUUGGAAGACCUGGACUGAUUGGAACACUUUGCUUUUCUGGAAGACAUAGGUUUUUCCAGAAGACGUGGAUUGGUUGGAAGACCUGAGUUUGGUGGAAGAUCUUGAAAUUACUGGAAGACAUGGAUUUUCCUGGAAGAUUUAGAUUUUGUGGAAGAUCUAUAGUUGCUGGAAGAACGGAUUUGCUGAAAGACUUGGAGGUCGUUGGAAGACAUGGGUUGUCCGGAAGAUGUGGUUUGUCUGGAAGACUGGGAUCUCCUGGAAGACCAGGAUUGGCUGGAAGACCUUGAGAUUGUUGGAAGACGUGGAGUUAGUUGGAAGACUUGGAGUCGCUGGAAGAUCCAGAGUUGUCAGAAGACCUUUACACCGGCUCCAUUGGAAACCCUGGACAUUGGAGACAUUGGAAGCACAGGAUGUUGGAUACAUUGGAAGCCCUGUAUUUUGGAGACACUGGUUACUCUGGACAUUGGAGAUUUUGGAGACAUUGGAAUAUUGAAAGCUAUAGACACUGGAAGCCCUGGAUAUUAGAGACAGUACAGAUCCUGUACCUUGGAAGCCCUAAACAUUGUAAGAUAUGGACAAUAGAAGACCUAGACAUUAGAAAUCCCAAAAUCGGGAGCCCUAGAAUUAGAGAUGUUGGAAAGCCUCAACAUUGAAAUAUUCAUAUCAAAAGACAUAGCAUUUGGAAGAAUUAAAUUAUCAUGAUGUUGGAAGUCCAGGAUGUUGGUAGGCCUGGACAUGAAAUGAUCUGGAGGUUAAGAGUUCUACUCAUUCAGACAUUGGGGAUGUUGGAAGACCUGAAUGUUGGAAGACCUGUUUCUCAGAGAUAUUGAGACUUGGGCACUGGAGGAACUAGUGAUGACAAGACAGGGUAAAACCAGGAUUUUGGAGACGUUAAAUGAUUAGGGGACUAGACGAUAUAGGUGCUAGAAGGUGAUGGUUUUAAGGGGAAAGAAAGAACAAAAAUGAGUGCUAAUAUUUCUCUUUGCUUGUUUGUGAGAGAUACCUGAAACAAUAAUUCCUUCAUCCCUAAGUUACUCCUUGACCUGCAGUGACUCUUUAUGCUAUAUUUAUAAUGUAAUUAUCCUUGCAUGAUAUUUAUUUAUAUAGCAAUUAGAGACAACAACUUUUUUUGAGCUUGAUGUAUUCCUAUCCUCUAGAAAAUAAUCCAUUUACUUGGUUCCACUUU